AUGAAUCACGAUACUUUUUCUUCCUUCAAAUUUCGGCGGACUUCCAGCAAGCUUCACAAGGACCCUCCUAGCUUCAGUUCCCGCAUUCUCAGAAGCCAACAGAGUAACACGUCACUGAAACGACACCCCUCCGCGCCUGUGUACCCGCGUUCCUCUGCCAGUGGAAGUCGAGAACACCUCCGAACCAGAUCCAACGCUUACGGUUCGUCUUCAUCCUCUCUCGAUCAGAACAGCAACGGUCCAUCCCCCGUCCUACCUGGGAACGAAUCUGGCCAUUUUUUCUCCUCCCACAGUGCCGCCAAACCGCGUCCCCCUCACUCGGGACGUUUCUCCCUCAACGAACAGAGUUCAGAUGAAUUGAUCAGCGCCCCGUUUGAGACCCGGGGUAUGCUCAGUGCCUUGGACGAGAACACCGUCGCCGAGACUGAUAGAUCACCUCCUUCCGCUGCGAGACCGCCGAACCCGCGCUCCCAGAGUACCACCGACGCUCGAUCAAUCCGCCAAUCCGCUAGCUUCACCCACCUACACAACCGGAUGGACGCCAUCGCGCACCGUGCCGACCAUGACCGCUCGACGACGAAACGCUACUCCGAUGAGGGCCACGCGUCCAAGCCGACCGGCCGAAGCAAGAAGAGUAGCUUUUCCAGCUUCGUCAACAGCAUGUUAGGUUCUCCCCGUGGCAUCAAGAUCUCCGCCCCCGAGAAUCCCGUCCAUGUUACUCAUGUCGGCUAUGACAACCAAACGGGCCAGUUCACCGGUCUGCCGAAAGAAUGGCAACGUCUGCUGCAGGAGAGUGGAAUCUCCAAGAAGGAGCAGGAGGAACACCCUCAGACCAUGGUCGAUAUCAUGCGGUUCUACGAGAAGAAUGCUCGGGGGGAUGAUGAGGUGUGGCACAAGUUCGAUCACGCGUAUCCUCAGCAUCAACCUAUUCCGAGUACCACAUCUCAGCCCGGCUCGGGCGGUACCGCCCCGUACGGCACCACUGGACCUCGACCUACGUCGCCAACGAGUCCUCGCUUCCCCCAGAAUCAUGAGGGUAGCUUUGAAAAUCCACGAGCCCCUCCACCAAUCCCUCGGGCCGCUCCCGCGGCGCAGGCCAUGUCCCCUCCACUGGGUGGCCUGGUACCAAACCGAGCCCCGCCAAAACCGCCCACGACCGCCAAUAUAACGCCUGCUCGACCGGCACCACAACCGCCAACGGCGGCACCCUAUAGUGCGACACGACCUCUGCAUGAUCCUCAUGCCCAGCAGUUUGGCACUCCGCCCAUUCCGGAGACCGCGCCGUUGCCUUCGGAGUCUCAUCAUAGCCGGUCUAACUCUCGAGCAAACGGGACGCAGCGAACUGGGCCGAUUGCGACCCCGUCACAGUACCAGCAACAACAGGAACAGGCGAUGGCAGCGGCCCAGCAAGCCAUUGCAAGCAUACAACUCGAUCGCAGCCGGAGUCAGCGACAGCAGCAAGCUCCACGCCCCGAACAACCUACGCAACCCACAGCAGCACAGCAGCCGUCUCCCGUGGAGGACUCAGCUGCGUUGCAGCAAGGGGCACGCGCGCCACCCGCUGCACGCCCACGCCAGCGGCCGCGUCAGAGCAAUGCUAUGGAUGUUCGCGCCCGGUUGCUCGCGAUUUGCACACCGGGAGAUCCGACGAAGAUGUAUCACAAUCUGACCAAAAUCGGCCAAGGUGCUUCGGGUGGCGUGUUCACAGCGUACCAGAAUGGCACCAACAAUUGUGUCGCCAUCAAGCAGAUGAACUUGGAUUUGCAGCCGAAGAAAGAUCUUAUCAUCAAUGAGAUUCUCGUCAUGAAGGACAGCAAGCAUAAGAACAUUGUCAAUUUCCUGGACAGCUACCUGCAUGGCCUGGAUCUCUGGGUUGUCAUGGAAUACAUGGAGGGUGGAAGUCUCACAGAUGUCGUUACUUUCAACAUCAUGAGUGAGGGGCAGAUUGCGGCCGUCUGCAGAGAAACGCUGAACGGCCUGCAGCACCUGCAUUCCAAAGGUGUCAUCCAUCGUGACAUCAAAUCAGACAACAUCCUUCUAUCCAUGGAAGGCAACAUCAAACUGACCGAUUUCGGUUUCUGUGCUCAGAUCAACGACUCGCAGCACAAACGAAACACCAUGGUCGGGACCCCGUAUUGGAUGGCCCCCGAGGUCGUCACAAGAAAGGAGUAUGGCCGCAAGGUCGACAUCUGGAGUUUGGGCAUCAUGGCCAUCGAAAUGAUCGAGGGUGAGCCUCCGUAUUUGACGGAGUCUCCACUGCGCGCUCUCUACUUGAUUGCCACCAACGGGACCCCUGCCAUCAAGGAUGAACAAAAUUUGUCGCCUGUCUUCCGGGACUUCCUGCACCUGGCGUUGAAAGUGGAUCCUGAGAAGCGAGCGUCCGCCCACGACUUAUUGAAGAUACCCUUGAUCCUUGAUGUUCAUAUCUCGACGGUUCCCUACGCUGGUAUUGCAUCAUGGCCGAACCCUUUACGCCUGAUUCCUGUGUUUUUGUUUUCGACCUACAGCUCAUAG